AGCAAAAGGAAGAUCGAUUCGCGUUGUUGAGUAACUGUCUGCAAAUACUUUAUGUAAGGAAAAAGUACCAAUUAAUUUAAUUCAGCGUAUGUAUGACACAUGUUAAGGUAUCUGCGCGUCACGUGUAUUUAGCAAGGUAUAACUGUGUUACAUUUAUGUUCAAUGUGCCUAAAUCAAAACAAAUGAGAGUGAUUGGUUUGGGCUUUUUGUAGUAUGUGGCGGGAUAUGACAGACACUUCAUUUUCAUCACACUGCUAAAUUAAAUAGCACAAACAGAGACGUAACGGUGCUGGAGCGAAGUAAAAAGCAAAAAGUAAAAAUGUAAACACGCCAGUAGAAGACGGUUUCAGCAAUGAACAGGUACUGAUUGCUGAACACUGUAACUGACACUCACAUUGGAACAAUAUGGCUGAAUGCUUGAAGAAACCACAGCUGAGCUGCCAGGAAAGACAGAAGCUUAAAGAAAGAUUGGCUUUACUGAAGAGGGAGUACAGCAAAACUGUUCAGCGAUUGAAGCGUUCAGAGCGAUCCAAGGUGGUGAGAAAUCAUGUCAAGAGCAGAAUCAAAGAACAGAAUCAGCUUCUUCAGGAAGAGAAUACGAAUAGAUCUGCUGUGCUGGGCACUUUAAAGGAACAACUGGAUUCAUCCCUUGGUGCUCUCUGUCACAAUGCAGAUACAGACCAGGACAAGAAGACAACUGUCACUUUUAACCUUAAUCCUGAAGUAAUCAGCCAGUCCACCAGUCCUUUGCUCUCACUCACUAUUCAGCACUCAGAUAGCCCUGUUCUAGAAUCCUACAGUCCAGGCUACCAGGGAAAUAGUUCAGUUAAUCCAAAACUUAAACGGCUGUCUAGAAGUCGUAUGCAAUCCAAGAAAAGUCGAUUCAGAUGGGAGGAGAAAAAUUCUGACACAGAAAAUAGCGGGAAGGGAAAUGAGCCCCAUGUGUUGGACAGCUCUGAGAGUCUGAAUCCAGAUUCUCCGCUUUUGAAAAGUAGCAUUUUCAUACAUCACACCAAAGACAUAGAAUUGAAGGACUCAACCACAGUUUCAGCAAAUGCUUGCAGAAUAAGUAUCUUCGAAAAUUCAGAUGCCGUUUGUAAUGAAAACAAUUCAGAUAAAAGUAUUUCUGAAACAAGUCAGGGUUCACCUAUGGUGUUGGCUGGUAUUAAUCACUAUAGUAGUCCUUAUAAUGAACCUCUUGUCGACAAACGCAUUACUGAUGAUAGACUACCCCAUGUACAAAUGUCUAAAAAGGCAAGCCCUGAAGAUUGUAAGCAUACUGAGGAAGACAAGGAGCUCUCAGGCAACAAUGCAGGGCCCAUAAAGGCAGAAGUCACUUCUCUACCCCAUAAUAAGUUUGCAUGUGGGCAGACAGAGCCAGUUGAAUUAAAAGUCACUGACACUGUAGAUUUUGUUCCUGGGGGUCAUUCCGUUGAAAUGGGGAUUAGCCUGACUGAGGCGGACUCUAAGAUAGAAGAGGCUUUAGCAGAUAAUCCAUUGAGCUCCUGCACUUUGGUUGAGGGUCUCCUGUUCCCAGUGGAGUAUUAUGUAAGGACCACCAGGGGAAUGGCCUCUUGUCAGAGGAAAGUGGACUUGGAGGCUGUGAUAGAAAGCCAGUUGGGCAGGGGCAAGAGAAGAAGCCGAGGAAGACCUAGACAGUCCAUGUCCAGUGUGGAUAACAAAGAUCCAGUUUCUUUGCAAGAUGAUACUACUGCAGGGCUUUCCGGUCAAAGUGAGCCUCAAACAUGUUCAGGCAGCAGCAGGAGCCUGCUGUCUUCACCUUCAACCCCUGGUGCCGUGGCAACUCGUGCUGGUAGGAAAACAGGCGGAAGAGGGCGAGGAAGAGGGCGGGGAAGGGGCAAGGGAAAUGAAUGGCGCAGGAGUCCGGGUAUGACAGCUACUGCAGAGUCACAUCCUGAUCAGAUUUCUACAGGGCUGGCUGAUACAGGGAUCGUUGCUGCUGGUACUAAUUUGAAUUUAAAGUCUGGUCCCCGGUGUGGCAAAGAAAACUGCACAAAGGAAAACAAGGAACUGUGUCCCAUCUUUAAAAGGAGGUCCCUUCAAGUGGAUGGUGGUGGCGAACCAAUUAACAUAGAGGUUAUCCAGGAUAGCGGCAGACCAGGUGAACAUGAUGGUAAUAGUUUGGAUAAAAUUAACUGUGCAAUCAAGCUAAAUGAAAUAAAUAAACUCAAGCCCGCUUUGGAAAGUCCAUUCAGUGGCACCAAGAAGUCGCUUCAUAAAACAAUAGCAUGUUCUGCAACUUCACAGAGUAGCUCUGUAGCAGGCAGCAAUCUAGAUCAGCGACAGGUUUUUGAAGACUCACAGUCUACUUUGAGUAGCCAUUUGAAACAGAGAUUGUUAAGGAAGAAAAGGACAAUAUUGGAGUAUUACAGCCCCAGGUCUUCUCAAAGGUGCAAAAGGGUACAGGAUGGUAAAGACGGACGUGCAGUCAGUGUUACAGAAGGAUCACUAAGCAUCCCCUCAGAGCCUGGGCAGCGCUGCUCAGUGCCUCAGUUCCCAGAUCACAGAGAGCUUCUUAGCCUGAAGUACCUCUCAUCCCGAUUUGGUAUGAAGGAUUUCCAUCUCCCAGAUGAUGAUUUUGGCCAACUCAAGCUUGAGAAACUGAAGUCAUCAGAGACCAGGCACCUGGAAUCUUUUUCACCAUCCUACUCCCCAUAUAUCACCAGAAAGACUGCUUCAAAAACUGUUUCUGCAAAACAAAAUUACUUGAGAAACUCGCUUAGUGAUUCUGUGAUAGGAACGCCACCAGAUCCAGUGGGAGAUUGUGGCAGAUGUGCAAAAUUAGCUCCCUCGGAAGAUUGUGGAAAAAACAUAAUGGAAACCAUAACCCCCGCAGAGGACCAUAGCAUGAUUGCUGUAGGAACUACCACUGUGGAAGAACAAGUAAAAGGUGUAGCGGAAACUUUAAUUCCAAUUCAAGAUCAGAUCAUGAUUGCAUUACAAAUGGCCUCUCCCACAAAAGAAGUCACGGCUAUUAGGGAAAGUUGUGGUCAGAUCGCAACCUUAGAAAAGCCAACCUCUGCAGGAGAAUCUCCCCCUCAUACAGAUGUCUGUAGCAGGUUGAGUUUAGAAACUGCAGCUCCCAUAAAAGAUCCUACACAGCUUGCAAAAGAAUCAGUAACUUCUACAGGCAGUUGCAUAAACCUUGAAGUAGAAGAGCUUGUUUCCGAAGAAGGUUGUAUCAAUGUUCCUAUAGAAACAGCAACUACGACAGAAAGUCCUGACAAGAUGAUAUUGUUAGUUGCCUCCAAAGAUAAUAGCAAACCUAAAGAAGCAUCACUGGGAAUUAAAUAUGUCUCUCCUUCUUGUGUCAGUCUGUUGUCGCCAAACAGUCAAGGGUUUGAAGUUAAAUCUGGUGGGUCUGCUGUACCCAAAAUGAAAUCCCCAGAGAUUCUCAGUUUAACUCCAGUGUUAACCUUCCAGUCAGACAGAGACAGUCAAAGGGAAUUCCACCGUACCUCAGAAAACAGUCCCACCUUUCCGUCACUUGGCUGCACACCAGCCUUCUCGCCAAAACACAGCAGCCCCAUGAUAGGUGCCUCUCUGGGAAAUCCAGUGUUUCCCAACAUGACCUCACCAAAAUCAAACACCAGCCCCCUACAGGAAGAAAGAGGUGCUGUCUCUCAGAAAGCAGAGUCCCCCGAAAGAGACCUGGAUAGGUAUUUCACUGACUCUAUUUGGUCCAACGAUCAGGAAAGUCAGCCAGUGAACUACCUGGAAAACAAACGCGAACAGCAGGGCAACCAGGUGGCUUAUGACAGCCUUCUGAAGGGUAACGAUACAAUCUCCAAUAUACUUCCGCUGGAUGAGUCAAAUAUAAUUGCUGAAGAGCAUCAACCCUCCACACCUGGACUUGGACAGAGCACCACACAAACUCUGCAGCUAUUGUCCAAGUUAAAGACCCCGGCAGGCUCGUGCCUAAUAGACCUGUGCUCAGUGCAGUGGUGUGGGGACAGUGGUGCCCAGGUGGCUCAGUGUGUGGUGACCGCCUGCGAGUCUGUCGUGACCCUUUGGGGUCCUCAGCCACAGGGCCAGUGGACAGUGCUCUACACAUGGACCUUUAUCAAGUUUCCUGUGAUCCAAUUAGUCACCUUUCCUGAUGCUCCCUGCCUGUUCUGCGUUGCCCUAGGAAAACUGGAAAUCAGAGAAGCAAGAGUGCUUGGCUAUUCAAAUGGAAGCAGGUGCUUUGAGCAAUUGGUGCUGUGUUCAGGAGAUAUAAAAGCAGUUCUGGGCAUGUCGCGGAGGAGACUUGUCAGCUGCUGUGAUUCUCUGCAAAGUCAAAAAGUGGAACUUGUCAGUGUAUCAGAAGAAGGAAGGAUUGAAGACGUGGUCAUACUGACACAUCCCAGACAAACUGUUGUGGCCUUCGCAGAGGUGGAAGGGGAAGAUGAAGCUUUGAUCGGUACAACAGCUACAAGCGAUGUUGUCAUCUGGAACAUGAAAACAGCUCAGCUUUUGCAGAGAAUAUCACUGGGGGAAAUCUACCGAGAUGCUGUGUGUCUCAGGUCCUACUCAGAAUCCGGCAUACUGUACGCUUUGCUGCGGCAUCAGUAUGUGGAUAACACUGAAUCUUGUAAAGGUGCAAUAUUCAAACUAGUUGCCAUCAAUCCCAUGAACACUAAAAGCAGCCUAGUACAGUCUUUGACAUUACCAGCAGAAUACACUGGGAGGUAUGUGGCUAGCGAUGUGCGAGGUCGUUCUAUCGCAGCUGCUUUUCACACAGGGCUGGUGGUAGUCUGGGACCUGCCCAUUGGUCACUGCAGCGCUGUGCUGUCUCCAGACUGCGGUGGGAGCUGGACGCUGGUCAGGUGGAGUGACACAGAUUCGUAUCUUCUCACUGGACAGCUGAACGGAGAUGUGUCGAUAUACACCUACUCGGGGACAUGCACAAGGGAAGGUUACUCAAUAGAAAAAACUUACAACUGAACUGUUGUUACUAAAUGUUUACUUUAUGUAAGUUAACUAUCCAUAAGGCUCAUAUGACUUCGUGACAGCUCAGCUACGAGAACUGAAUAAAGACAUGAGGUUUGGGUGUUGUCAGCUCCAGCAGUAGAAUAAUAAAGCUUGUGUAUAUGGUGGAA